AACCAACCAAUUCCAUCCCCUUCCCCAAAAGAGAAAAAGAGGAUAUGUAAUAAUACAUAUAUGCUAUGCGCACGCGUUUGUAUGUAAUUGUAGUUGUGAAGUAGGAAGUCGAGGAUGGCUACAGGGGAAGAAGUGAAGGUGCUGGGUUACUGGUCAAGCCCCUAUGCCCUGAGGGUUAAGUGGGCUCUGAAACUGAAAGCAGUGGAGUUCGAUUACAUGGAAGAGGAUCUCACGAACAAGAGUGCCCUCUUGUUGCAGCUCAACCCCGUCCACAAGAAGAUUCCGGUGCUCCUUCACAAUGGCAAACCAGUCGCCGAGUCGCUCGUAAUAAUGGAAUACGUCGACGAGACAUGGAAGCAAAACCCUCUCCUCCCUCAGCAUCCCCAUCAGAGAGCCAUCGCAAGGUUCUGGGCCAAGUUCGUCGAUGAAAAGUGUGUGCCGGCUCUCAUGGCCACGUUCUCCAAGGAGGGAGAAGAGCAGGAGAAGGCUGCCAAAGAAGCCAGAGAGCAUCUGAAGACGCUGGAGAGCGGGCUGGAGGAGGGGAAACCAUUCUUCGGAGGGGAAAGCAUUGGUUUCGUGGACAUCGCAGCGGCUUGGAUUGGGGUGUGGGGAGAGAUCACCGGAGAGAUAGUGGGCAUCAAACUGGUAGACGAAGAAGCCAUGCCUUUACUCACUGCGUGCUUCCAAGCUGUGCUUCAAACUCCCCUGCUCAAAGAAUGCUUGCCCCCUCGAGCCGAACUGCUGGAACACAGCAAACGUUUCCGUCAGAAGUUGAUGGCCGCGGCGGCGGCUUCGACUUGAACACAGCAAACGUUUCCGUCAAUGCUCCCUCGUCGCUGUAGUGUAAACCAUAAUAUUGGUUAUAUAAAUAAUAACAAACAAUUACACGUUAUGCUUAUAAAUCGUACAAAUCUCAUAUAAAUUAUGUAAUGCAGAUAAAUAAAUGUCUACCUAGAUCUAUCAAAA